AUGGCCUUGCCCAAUGACGUACUGCUCCUGAUCGGCGAGGAACUGCAGACAGAUCGAUGGAACCUCGUCUGUGUCUCAACGCAUUUCCAUGCCUUAUAUCUCCCACUUCUAUACCGAAAGGUUUCCCUUCGCGAUUGGAGAGAUGCUGCUUCGUUUUUGUGCGCCAUUUUGAAGCGCCCGAGCCUCGCGACCGCGGUGCGGGAAUUGGAUCUGACGAAGUGGCGGGCUGCAACGGUGUCCGAGCACGAACGUGAGGAAAUUGCAAAGAAUAUCCCAUUGACGGAAUGGGUAUCUUCUAUCUCACAUUCACAGACCGAGAGUGAUCAAUGCAUUUGGAGUCUUGGUCAAGGGUCGAGCGAUGCCUGGAUUGCAAUUAUUUUGCCUCUUCUGACUCAACUACGAGAGCUUCGUCUGGUUUACGCAACGAGCUCACCUCACCUGGAUCGGAUUAUGCAAAGGGUAGUGACCGGUGAAAAACCAUUCAGCGAUCAACCGGCGUUUCGCCACCUGAACACUGUUGCAUUGCAUCACCGGGAAGAUCUUGACCGCGACACUGAAAGCCAAGAGUCGUCGCCUUCAGGGCUCCUCUUGCCUUUCUUCCAGUUGCCUUCCGUGCGCACGAUCAGCGCCAAUUCCGUGGUGGACAAAGCGCCCGUGGACACCGACUCGACAGGAUCCGAAAGCCCAAGAGCCGGUUCCUCCUCUGUCACUGAGAUCGACCUCCGCGCAAGCAGUGGCAACCACGGCAUGGAGGUGCUGAUUGCCUCAUGUGCCGAACUGAAGUCUUUCAAAUACCAGCAUUCGGACGCCCAUGUCUUAUCUCAUGGAUAUCGACCCUCUGCCUUCCACCGAUCACUCAGCAAUAGCAAGACGACUUUAGAAACCCUGUGGCUUGACAACUAUGGAAACCACUAUCCCUUCACAGCCGCCGGCUUGAACCAGUCCCACGACGAAUGGUUUGGUUCUCUAGCCGAGUUCACUGCACUUCGUGAGAUACGCAUCCGACUCACCAAUCUCCUCGAUAUUAGAUACCAGAGUGACCCGGCAAUACCUCUCCUGGACUGUCUACCGUCCUCAUUGGAGACGUUGUAUAUUGAAGGGUGCGAGGAAAGGCACUUCGGUAUGCUAGUCUCGCAGCUGCAGACCGUGGUCAAAAAUCAUCGCGGUCGCUUCCCACAUCUUCAACGCGUGGGCAUUGAAGGCGCAUUCCACGACGUGGCACUGGAGGAUCAGAAUGUUGGAUCGGGAUCGGUCGAAUCUGCGAUCAGCAACAAGAUCCUCCAGGCUACGGAGUCGUUGCACGUCGAUUGUUUGAAUAUUGGAAUGGAGCUGCGAAUCCACGAUCGAGCUCUUUCGCAUUUGUGA